AUGAGAUGUCCCGAGGAGCACAGAGUUCAGUGUGCUGCUUUUCUACUGAGGGACAGAGGCAUUAUCUGGUGGAGGACUACAAUGCGCAUGCUAGGUGGAGAUGUGAGGCAGAUUACCUGGGAUCAGUUUAAAAACUGCUUCUAUACCAAGUUUUUCUCGGCUAACCUUAGAGACGCCAAAAGCCAGGAAUUCUUGGAGUUGAAGCAAGGACAUAUGACAGUCGAGGAGUACGACCAGGAGUUUGAUAUGCUGUCACGUUUUGCCCCUGAACUUGUUGGUAACGAGCAGGCUAGAGCUGAUAGGUUCGUCAAGGGAUUGAGAGAUGAGAUUAGGGACUUUGUGCGAGCACUAAAGCCCACUACCCAGGCUGAAGCGCUGCGUCUGGCAGUGGAUAUGAGCAUUGGGAAGGAUGAAAUACGGCCAAGGAGCUUUGAUAAGGGAUCGUCGUCUGGUCAAAAGAGAAAAGCAGAGCAGAGAACUGUGGGAGUUCCUCAGAGGAACUUGAGACCAGGCGAUCCUUUUCGCAGUUUCCAGCAAAGUUCUGGCGGGGCAGGAGACACUACUCGAGAGAAGCCAUUAUGCAAUACGUGUGGGAAACGUCACCUGGGUCGUUGUUUGAUGGGAACGAGAGUCUGUUAUAAGUGCAAGCAAGAGGGACACAUGGCUGAUAGGUGUCCCUUGAGAUCUACUGGGGCUGGACAGAGCAGUCAGGGAGAGAGACCUCCACAGCGGGGUACAAUCUUUGCCACUAAUAGAUCAGAGGCAGAGAAGGCCGGCACAGUGGUGACAGAGGUGGAACCCUUAGAUUAUGUUUUGUCAGUGUCUACACCGUCUGGAGAAAUUAUGUUGUCUAAGGAAAAGAUUAAAGCGUGUGAAAUUGAGAUAGCUGGUCGUGUGCUGGACGUAACCUUGUUGGUAUUAGAUAUGCGUGACUUUGAUGUAAUUUUAGGUAUGGAUUGGCUAGCUACUAAUCAUGCUAGUAUUGAUUGUUCUCGUAAGGAAGUUGUGUUCAGUCCCCCUACUGCAUCUAGCUUUAAAUUCAAGGGGGUAGGAACAGUAGUACUGCCUAAAGUAAUCUCAGCUAUGAAAGCUAGUAAACUACUCAACCAGGGUACUUGGAGUAUUUUGGCAAGUGUGGUGGAUACUAAGGAAGAUGAGACUUCUUUAACUUCAGAACCUGUGAGCCCCUUAUAG